UUCCAUUCCUCACUCCACUGUCAAAAUUAUGCGCCAGAAUUGGUGUCUCUAGACAGUUCAAGUUGCGAUCAAUUGUGACGUCGCGCUCGUCCAUACUCCCGUACUUCGAUAUGACUUCAUCUAUUAGAACCAGCGAGGCGGGCAAAGACGAUGAAAAGCUGACGACGCUGAGAUGUUGUGUCGUAGCUGGCGGCUUCUCGAGCGCACAUUCGUGCAAGCACUGCGACAAGCUCAUUAUAAUCCCCGGAGAGUUUUCUCGUUUCUCAAAUGAGGUCGCCAGCUUGGAGGAAAUACGACAACGCGCCACGGACGGCUGUACAUUGUGGGCACUGGUGUCGGACGAAGUAGACUCUCAGGAACGGGAGUUUGAAAGUCCCGGGCGUGUAACUCCUUACGCUGAUGGCGUCAACCUUGAUGUGUAUUAUGCCACUGGGGGACAGGAGAAAGGUCAGGUGACCAUCAAAGUCUCUUUCUUCAAAGAUGGAGAUGCGUACGUUCCCUCCGACAUUAAGCUUGGCUUCGCGGUACUUGGAUUGCCUGGUAACAAACAGAUCUCAAAUGAUCCGCACGAUUUCGCUUUGCCUGUAAAUGUCAAUCCAGGUAGUGCGCAGUCGUUCGAGCUUAUGCGCAAAUGGACCCAGAAAUGCGAACUUGAGCAUGAUUGUGGCCUGAAAGACCAUGUCCCAUCGUCGAUGCCCACCAUGCUUCUAAAGCUUGAAAAUGUCGACGAGUGCGGCUUAGUUAGACUCGUUGAACUGAAAAUUGGGGAAAAGCAAAAGUAUCUUGCAUUGUCUUACUGUUGGGGGGCAACCAAACAAAGAAAGCUUCUCAGGACAGAUAACCGGGUUGAAUUCAUGGAAGACGGUGUCCGGCUAGAGCAACUUGAUGCCACAAUCCGUGAUGCUAUCAGGGUCACCAGGGAGUUGGGUUACCUUUACCUGUGGAUCGAUGCUCUAUGUAUCGUACAGGACGACGCCGAAUCCAGAAACAGUGAGAUAAGUCGGAUGGGGGAUAUUUACGAGAACGCGUCGAUCACCAUCGUGGCGGCAAGAUCUAGCAGCGUGGGCGAAGGCUUCCUGACUCCACGGCAAGCUGCGGGAGCUUCCACCCCCGAUAAAGUCUUCAAGGUGGCCUAUACGACCUCGGGGGAGGAGGAAAGUGCCGUUGACAAAUGGGUGGUUUUGGUUCCAGAAGGGCCAGAACAGAUGGGAAACUGGGAAUUAACACAGGAGCCAUGGGAUUUCAGGGCUUGGACUUUGCAAGAAGACUUGCUGUCAAGGCGACAGCUUCGGUUUGGGACAAAGCAGACGAGCUGGUCUUGCUAUGGCGCCCCAAUGCCCUACGACGACUUUGAUGGGUGGGUCCGGGCGGGCUUCUACCAUCCACGAAAUCAAGUGUACGAGAACACGCACCAGCUGGCGAGAAUCAGGAUGAUUCUACAAAAUCCCGGCAGGGUCGGACUUGGCAACAAAAGAAGCCAAGAACGCAACAGGUGGUACGACAUGGUAGAGACUUACUCCCAGCGGUUACUGUCGUUUCAAAAAGACCGUCUACCAGGGAUUUCGGCCAUUUCACGUCGCAUGGGGCAAGUUUUCGGAGACGAGUAUUGGUGCGGGAUUUGGAAGUCUGAAGCAGCAUGGGAACUCCUCUGGCGCGCUCAGAGACGGGCUGUCGACGCCACAGGUGCGCAAGAAGCACGAAAUCACGGAACGGGAGGACCUUCGUGGACUUGGGCGUCAUAUGAAGGUGGCGUCCGUUUCGUACUCCGUGUAGACUCCCUUCACGAAGGUGGGUUAUUCGACCGCACCCAGCUCAGAGUGGACCCGAAUUUUGAAGUUGUCGAGCAUGUGGCCGAGUACGCGUCACCAGAGCACACAUUCGAAGCGCGAUAUCAAAAAGAAGCAGAUCCGCCUGCUUCUGGUCGCCUACCACAAUUAUGGACGGUUAUCAGGCGGAGGGGGUAUAACCGGACCAGGGGGUCUUGUCCUGCUGAAGGAAGGGAGAGCGAAUACUCUCGCCUGGGUACUUUCGAUCUUUCAAAACCAGACUCAUGGGUAUUCAAUGGUGAGAUACCGACAGAACAUGAGUACAUGGAACGGUUUAUGGAUAUUUGGGGUGGUCAGAAGAGCAUUGAGGAAAUUGUACUUAUCUAA